UUUCUUUUCGCCAAUGUCUUGAGCUCACAUCCAAAGCACAGGCAUACGGCUGACGAUUCCAAGAAUUCACCAUGUAUGGAGAUGUGGGCCAACUCAGGCCUUUGGCCCAAGUCAUCAGCAGGCCAUCCGUAUAGAAAAUGCAAGAGGAUGCUGUUGUUGCUGCUCCUCUUUCAGGCCAGACCGAGUGAUGGCUGAAUGUGAGGCGCUCUCUUGCAAGUUUGGAUCAAUUUGCUUUGAUUUAGUCAUCAGGUUCACCUUCCUUACAGCCGAAACCUUCACCAGCCUCCGACCUCACAGGUCAGCCCGAAGCAGACGCUGGUCGUCAACCAUGCCGGCCAGCUGCUGCCGCAGGCCACGGCGAUGCCUCGGCCUCCCGCCUCGGCGAUGCCGGCGGGGCACGAAGCGCUCGGCCGCCUCGUGCGGCCGAAGGAUGCGCUGAGCGAGGAGAGCGAGCGAUCCCAGUUGAGGAGGCUGUCGUUCAUGGCUUUGGGCGGUGCCAUGCUGCUGGGCUACUUGGGCUUUGUGGCCAAGUCCAACGAUUCGACCAAGUCCGAGGAUCAAAGCCUCCUCUCCGCCUGGCCAGAGGCCGUUCCCUGGAUGUUGCUCUCCAUGACCUUGUCGAUCUUCAACAAGUGGAUCUUCCUCCCAGCUGGUGGGAACUUCCCUUUUCCAAUGACGGUCUCCUGUAGCCACAUGCUUUCGACCAGCAUGGUCCUGCAUCUUCUUCGCCUCUGGAAGCCUCAACUCUUUCCUGGGCUUCGUGGCCUGAACUGGAGAGCAGCCCUUCCAGUGGUGCUACUGGUAGGAAGUCUGUUGGCAAUCUCAGUGGUUCUGUCCAACUCUGCUGCUGUGCUGCUCUCGGUGGCCUUCGUGAACAUGCUGAAAGGUGGAAAUCCCGUGGUGGCGCUUUUGCUGGGCUUGACCUUGGGGACCUCCAGCUGCAACUGGCGGAUGCUCUGCCCCGUGCUGGUGAUCAUGUUUGGAGCAGUUGCCACAGUCCGUGGUGAGCUGUCUUUGAGCUACCUGGGCUUGGCGCUUUUGGUGACUGCCAUUGUCGUGGAGCAGUUCCGCCUGGUUCUCUUCAAGUCGAUGAUGUCAGAGAGUGGGCUCUCCUUGGAUCCACUCUCUGCGCUGUCGCUCUUCGCCCCAGUGGCCUUCGCUUUCACCGCCGUGGCGGCCGCCUGCGAAAGGCAAACGCCCAUGGCGAUCGACCGGGUCCAAGGGUGUGCACUUGCCUUGAACGCGCUGGUGGCGGUAACCUUGAACAUCGCUUACUCCCGGCUCCUGAAGGUGGCAAGUCCUGUGACCUUCACCGUCUUUGGCACGGCCAAGGAUGUGACGACUGCGGGCCUGUCGUUGGACAUGGUUGGUGGGACAAUCACGCCUUUGCAGUUGUGCGGCUACGCGACCACACUGUUCGGCAUGGUGUACUAUGACCGCGUGAAGCAACUCCAGUGAGGUUUCACGUGCGUGAAGCGCUGGCCAAGCUGAAGGUUUCGCCAGGUGAAGUCCGAUUGGGUUGCUAAAAGGGCGACAAAAAGAAGGG